CAUUGAACUUGAAGUGGUAGCUGGUCGGUGGCGAAUGGAGGAAGCUGUGAGCACAUGCAGAGUGUUGCGGGGCGCCGUCUCGUUUUGAGUGAAGCUGUGCGGCUUUUGCGGAACGCCUGAAAGGUUGAUACUUUCAUGGCCGCAACGCUGUCAGUGUCCGUAAUGAAAGUAUGUAGGAGGUGCGGUAAAGGCAGCCAGUGUGUUGAUGGGGCGGCAGCUUGCAUAACGACAGGCAGAGGAUUGUAUAGUGUGUCCUGACAUUGUGAUUCCGAACCCUUGUGGUUGUCGUGCCAUACUUACUGAAAUGCAGACGAGAACUUAGUAAAGACAUUGAGUCAUUUGCAGUGAAAGUUGCCGGUAGGUUUGUGCUGGUUGCACUAAGGGUGCAUUAGCAAAGAAAGUUGUGAAAUGGUGGAAAGUCCUUGAGACGCCCUUUCCUGCUUAGAUGCAGUUGACGCCCUGAACGCUUCAACGGUAGCUGCUUGGGGGCCCCGGGCCGCUGGCAGCCCUGCUGUCGGCCAUGGCUGCAAGUCAGAUGCUCAGUGGCCAUGCGUAUGCAAGUCGAGGGGGAUCUAAGUUUACCUUUGAGGCUGGGUUUCAGAGAGAAGGACCUACUUAUUCUGGCAAAUCCAGUAUUCAUUUUCCGGCAGCCCGAUGUCAGUUGCUUUCGGCUCAGAGAGCCGCCCGCUGCGGCCAAGGAUUGAAGGCAGGCUUGAUCUUCCAACAAGCGGGUGCCGGUGUUGUUGACAGAGCAAGCAAAAGGGGGCCUGUGAGGAUGGUCUUGGGAUCAGGAGGCCGGCAGCAAAAGCGCUCCCAGCAGAGCCCAGCGAAGGCGCCUUCUUGGCACCCCCUUGAGGACCUUCCUCUUGCAAGCCAAGAUGAGCCCGCUGCACAGAAGGGCAAGCCAACGCCUGCGGAAGGGGCGCGCACGUUUGUGGCAGAUAACAAAGAGGGACUGCUCUUCACCAGGAUGUUUCCAGAGGGCCACUCGGAGGGGCUCGAUCUCUCUUAUCUCACCGACGACCAGGGAGACCUUUACUUCACCGUUGAUGGAAUUGACUGGGACGAAGGCGAUCCAGAGUACCUGCAACAGGAGGACAUCACUGUGGUUGUUGGGUGCAGUGACUAUGACGAGGGCGGCAUGCUGGAUGAGGUGGACGAAGAGAUGGGCGACUACCCAUUCUCUGACUCUGACUACGACGACGAUGACGAUGACGAGGAUAGCGACAGCGACGACGAGGACUGGGAGAUGGUGGACGAGUACCUAAGCAUGCUGAGGAGCCGGGGCGUGCCUGUGGAGGACAUGUCAGCGGAGAGCUUUGGCACCCUUGGCGCGUACGGGGGCCUGGACACGCUGGAGACUGUUCAUCCCCUAGACUUCGCCAUCCGCUUGUCAGACACGGUGGAGGCCCAGGGCCAGCUGGAGGUGGCGGUGCCACAGGCGCAGGUGACGCUGCGGGGCGUUGUGGAGCUGGUGUCCCCGGACGAGCUGGACCCUCACUUGCUCGAGCGAGUCAAGCGCGGCUUGCUGGCGCGCACCGAGGAGGCCCACCCGGAGGACGCCGCCAUGUUGCAGGAGGAGGGGGAAGAGCAGGAGAGUGCGCUGGGAGAGGCUGCGGCGUCCGACGAGGCGGCGCAGGAGCGGGCGGACGCGGCGCUAGAGCAGCUGAGGCAGGACCUGCAGAACCCAGAAACACGGGCAGGGGGCUCUGCCCGAGCGGCCGCUCUCUUUGAGACUUCAUCUUUAGAAGCGGAGGAUCUUGACCUAGUUGAGAGCCACGCUCAACCUCCUGAUGUUGAGCCAGUCUCGAAGCCUAGUACCUCCACCAGGGGGGCCGAUGACGGUGUAGAGAGCGGCAGCAGUAGUACCGUGGAUCGUGAGGAACCCGCGGGGAGGCCCAACUCCCAUGUCAAGGCCCUGCUGCGAGGGCGGCUGAAGGCUUUGAAUGGCUUCCCCAAGCCAAAAAGUAGCCGGGGGGAGGAGCAGGCCCCAGAGGUUGCAGAGAGCCGGGGGGAUGCAGGGGGGGCGUCAAGGAGGGAAGAUGGCAUUGGGGACGAGACUGCUCUAAAUGGUGGAGACGAGUGCAUCCAAGCUGAGGGCGGGUCAGUUCCCAAGGACGGGGCCCGGGAAGCGAGUUGCACAAGCGUAGGUGCGAGCGAGCCACAUGCGCAGGCGGAGUUGAGAGGGCACGAGUCAACUGAAGACCGAGGGCCGGGGAACGGGGCCGACACUUUCGCAGUUGAGGAAUCGGGGCAUGCGGCUGAGCCGGAGACGUCUGCAGCGGCAGCCAUACAAUUGUCCGAGGAAGCCGACGAGCAGAGCCGAGCCGGUCGUGCGCCAGAAGCUCUGCCUUGCUCGACGUCGGAUGUUGCUGUGGAAGACCUGCGGCAAGACCGGGGAGCCGAAGCUUCGACCAGCGGGUCGGAGCCGCACGCGUCUCAGGUCCCCAAGCCGGCUGAUCUCGGCGGCAUCGGCCGGUGGCUGACGUCCCUUACCUCCAAGUCGCCGAUAAUCUGGGACCAGAAUACGGGCCGGCUCUGGCUGGGCGGCGGGGGCCAGCUGGGCCCGGGAGAUGGGUUGGGGAAUGGCACGCACAGUUUGGGAUCGGUCCUGUGGGGCAACGACGAGGACGCUGACGUGGACAGCCUAUGGCGAGAUAGUGAUGACGUAGAGGACAACAGCGUCGUCGAUGACAGCUGGCCGGAGGGGCCCCCCCUGUACCGCCUGAGGGUGACCAGCGUCGCCUUCAAGUCGCCUGCGGGCGUAGAGUGGCAGGUGGACGCGUCUGAGUACGCUGCGGCGCAGCCGGACGUCCUGCGCGGCGCGUCCGCAAACAUGAUGGAGCAGGUGAACCAUGCGGGACACAAGGUGGCGCGCGCGCUUGUGCGCCUCUGCAAGAGGACACUCGGCGUGGACGUCGACGAUGCGGAGAUGGUGGCCGUUGACCGCUACGGCUUUGACCUCCGAGUGAGCCAGGGCAUCGAAAUGAAGACGCUGCGGGUGUCCUUCCCUGAGAUCGCCCUGGAUGAGGACCACGCCAUGUUGCUGUUGGAGGACAUGAUGUGGCUUAAUAGGAAGCCAGGCAAGAAAAUUUUCCACUUUCGGCGAUCAGGACGCAACGAGUCAGGUGGUGCCAGGGGAUCGUAGGUCGCUAAGGCGCGCUCUUGAUUAGGAUGCAACUUCUCAGAUUGAGACAACAAGCAAAGGGGUUUUGGUUCACUUGAGGGUUUCACGAAAAGGCAUGGGAAGUCAGAAAGCCUGAAACGCCUGAAACACCAGACCUUGAGCUGUUCGUGUUGAUUUGCUCCGUUUGUCAGGGAUUCAAGGUACAUAUAUCAGUCUUCCUUCUUGAGAUUACGCACGCGGCCUGCACAUACGUUCCAACCUCAGACUUCAAUGCAAG